CAAAAAAGGGCGCAAAGAGUUGGAAGCUCAACAGCUCUCGCACUAUAAAUACCUUACUAAGCUGUGAAAAGCAAAAUCACUUAUCUUUCUACGAUUCCAUUCCCCGAUCCUUUCACUCUGCCAUUAUUUUGUUUUCUGACCUGAAAUGGGGAGAGGUAGGGUUGAGCUGAAGAGGAUCGAGAACAAGAUCAAUCGGCAGGUCACCUUUGCAAAACGAAGAAAUGGUCUUUUGAAGAAAGCUUACGAGCUUUCCGUUCUUUGUGAUGCUGAGGUUGCUCUGAUAAUCUUCUCCAAUAGAGGAAAGUUGUACGAGUUCUGCAGCAGUUCGAGCAUGAUCAAGACGCUCGAAAGGUAUCAAAAAUGCAACUAUGGAGCACCAGAGACAACUAUAUCCACAAGGGAGUCAGAGGAGCUGAGUUGUCAGCAGGAAUAUCUGAAACUAAAAGCACGAGUUGAGGCGCUACAGCGGUCACAGAGGAAUCUCUUGGGAGAAGACCUGGGCCCACUAAGUGGCAAGGAGCUUGAGUCACUGGAGAGGCAGCUGGAUAUGUCGUUGAAGCAGAUCAGAUCAACACGGACCCAAUACAUGCUUGAUCAGCUUGCAGAUCUUCAAAGAAGGGAGCAAAUGCUUAGCGAAGCUAACAGGGCAUUGAAACGGCGGUUUGAAGAAGGAAGUCAGGCAAAUGCACAUCAGUGGGACCCCAAUGUGCAUGGUUAUGGACGGCAUCCAGCCCAAACACAAGGCGAAGGUUUCUUUCAUCCUGUAGAGUGUGAGCCCACGCUACAAAUUGGGUACCAGCCUGAUCAAAUAACGGUUGCAGCACCAGGGCCAAGUGUUAGUUAUAUGCCUGGGUGGCUGGCAUGAUCAGAAGAGUAGCGUCAACUUUGUGGUAUGUAUCCCCUUGAUAAGCAGUACAUUUUAUGUUCUUUGGACACAACAGAACGCGGACAAAUUGCAUAAGUGCUUCACUUAUUGUGUUCUUUAAUGAAGAAAUCCACGUAGUUCAUUCAUAUAAAGAACUCUUUAUCAAGGGAGAACUUUAAAAGUUAUCUCUGUAUUGUGUAUGUAUGUUUACAAUCUCCUUUGCAAAGGCUACUCUUAUUUCAUCUUAGCUUUCUGGGUCUUAGCGAAAUCAAUCAAUGUCUGUAUGUCUUGAUUUGUUGCAAAA